AUGCUGAAUGAUGUUACAGACAGCAUAAUGUUCUCCACAGCUUCUCCAGACCCUUUCAUGUCUGUCAAAAGUGCUCAGGGUGAACCUGCUCUCAUCUGUGAAAAGCACAGGGCACCAGCGUCCGAGCCUGCCAAUUCUGGGGCGUCUUAUUUUUCAUCAAUAUCAAGGCAACAGGAGUUUGAAGUGACAACGAAAUCUGUGAUUCCUCUGUAUUCCAUCACAUAUUUUAUUACCACAUUCUUUUCUAUUAUAUCCUGUAUAAGGUGUGACUGUGUGAGGAAUAAAACCUGGGUGGCCUCUUUUGGAGUCAUCUCUGCUGGAUUAGCUGUACUUUCUAGCUUUGGUCUGUUAUUAUUAUGUGGAGUGCCUUUUGAUGUCACAGUAGCAAAUGCUCUAUUUCUUAUUUUAGGUGUUGGAAUUGAUGACAUGUUCAUUAUGGUUUCCAGUUGGCUAAUUAUGAGCGGAGUUGAAGAAAGAAUGGGCGAGACAUAUAAAGAAGCUGCGGUCUCUAUAACAACCACAACCCUUACAGAUGUCCUAGCUUUCUAUAUAGGGAUAAUGACUUCUUUUGAGUCAGUGCAAUCUUUCUGUAUUUACACCGGAACAGCCAUAUUGUUCUGCUUCCUGUAUAACGUCACUUGUUUUGGUGCAGUUUUAGCCCUUAAUGGGAGAAGAGAGGAGAGUAACAGGCACUGGUUGGUUUGUAAAAAAGUGCCAGAGAAAAAAGAUGACAGCCGUUCCACUUUCUAUAAUGUGUGUUGUACUGGAGGAAGAUUCAAUGCAGACACUGGCACAGAGACAGACCAUCCCAUGACGAAUUUCUUCCAUAAAUAUUAUGGUCCAUUUCUUACCACAAUCUGGACCAAGGUCAUUGUGUUAGUUCUAUAUGGUGGAUAUUUGGCUGUCAGCAUAUACGGGUGCUUUCAGGUACAGGAAGGAAUUGAUUUACGGAACUUGGCUACUGACAGCUCCUAUGUCCGUUCUUUCUAUGACAAUGAAGAUUUAUAUUUUAAUGACUAUGGUCCCAGAGUCAUGGUUGUGGUAACAGAGGAAGUCUCAUACUGGGAUGUGGACAUCCGUAAAAAAACUGACAAGUGUAUGGAGUCAUUUAAAUCAAUCCCCUAUGUCAGUGAAGACCUCUCUGAGUCCUGGUUGAAAGCAUACUUGGGGUUUGCUGAAUUGAUUAAAGUGAAUGUAAAUGAUGAGAAAUAUUUUGUAGGAAAUUUAUCAAGAUUAUUUUUUAAACAAGAUGUGGAAAUUCAGUCAGCAUCUAUAAUCACUUCUCGUUUCUUCAUCCAGACUGUGAAUGUUGUGUCUGCCAUUGAUGAGAAAAACAUGCUAAUUCAGGUUCGGGACACAGCAAGCAGUUGUGAGGUCCCUGUUCUUGUUUAUCAUCCGGCAUUUAUAUACUUUGAUCAGUAUGCUGUAAUCAUCCAAAACACAAUUCAAAAUGUUGCUGUAGCUACUCUUGUGAUGUUUGUUAUUUCAUUAUUGUUGAUCCCAAACCCUCUGUGUUCCAUAUGGGUGACAUUCACCAUUGUGUCUAUUAUAGUGGGAGUCACUGGUUUCAUGGCUUUGUGGGAUGUUAACUUAGAUUCCAUAUCUAUGAUCAACCCUGUUUUUUGUAUUGGGUUCUCAGUAGAUUUCUCAGCCCAUAUUUCAUAUGCUUUUGUUUCCAGCAAGAAAUCCACAGCUAAUGAGAGGGUGAAAGAUGCACUGCACUCUCUCGGCUAUCCUAUAGUGCAGGGCGGUCUCUCCACCAUCCUGGGGGUCAUAGUACUCUCCACUUCACAGAGCUACAUAUUCAGAACAUUUUUCAAGAUUAUAUUCCUUGUUAUUGCCUUCGGAAUGCUACAUGGGCUGGUCGUUCUUCCAGUGCUCUUAGCAUUAUUUGGAACUUGUGGCCAAAAGCAAGUUGUCAGAAUGGAAAUAAAUCUGUCACAAAUUUAA